AUGUGGAUCCUGCAGUUCCUGUUGGGCCUGGUCCUGACUUCUCUCCUCGUGCACGUCGAUGCCAAUACGGAAAAAGUGGUCUUUGUGGCUCCGGCAGCUGAGCCAUUGCCCUCUGAUGCCAGUAUUGACAACUUGUUAUUGACAUCCUUCUCCGAGCCUUUCCCCAGCGCCCGAACAUAUAUCAAUGCAAGCUUCCCAACCAAAGACUCGGAGAAGGGGACUGUAACUUGGUUCUUGUUGGAGCAACUACAGCCAGGCAGACGGUACGAAGUCCGUAUCUGUUGGCUUGCAACCCAACCCACUUCAUUUUGGCUCUACACCCACUCCAUUGAUCAUGUCUUUGGAGAUGCAGAUCUCAUCACAUCUCUGAGCGGAUACGCCUACGCCCGUCACGACCAUCUGAGCUCCGAAGAUAUCAUCUCGUUGCAGGCGCGUAAGCCUCCCAAAUCGACGGCUGCUUCCACGACGACUCUCUUCCUUCAGGUUUUCGCCAUGGCCGACUAUUACAGUCUUGACACUGAUUUGAUGGAGCACGUCCCCCCGGUCGCGGUUGAUGUCAUUCUUGACCCUUUUAUUCUCAACGUCCUUCCAAGAUCGCUUCUGCCGACUGGGCUGUACCUGGUAUUGAUUGUAAUUGGAGCCUGGUUGCUCUCUGGUUGGGUGUCCAAGAAACUCACGGCUCGUUCGCCAGAUGGAGAUGUUGUUUUUGAUUCCAAGAAACCACUUCAUGAUUGAGAACAGAGGAAACUCCUCGGCAUAGGAUGGAAGGCUAGGGAUUCCUGAUCCGUCGGGGGAGAGAUAAUCAUUGUCAGGCAGCUGUCCGAACUCGGGCUGAGGUAGGCCUGGUAGUGGGCCCGAGCCAUUCGGAUCAUCUCCCGUGUACGCCAGUGCGCCAGAAGUGGUCAGGACGGGGCCCCGACCAUCAGCCUCCAUCUCGAAUCGUAACUGCCAGGGUGGCUGCGUAUCCAUUGCGUCGAUGGCGUCAAAAUUAAAGGGAACAUUGUUGACGGCGGGAUCGUCCAUCAACGGUUGGCUAGGGGUCUGGUCACCCGUGCUCGGCGCAGAUCGGCGGGUGUUGUCCUUAUUGAUGGGGUCUCCAAAGAUGUUAUGGAUGUCUUGCCUCCGCCUCUGCAUUUGUAUCUGGUCGCGCUUUUUGAUGUGCUCGAUGGCGGCGAGCCGCAAAUACAAUGUGAUGGUGUACAGGCGACGGGCAGAAACAUCGUCCUUGGCCAUAAUGGUCAAGAUGGCCUCGGCUUGGCUGAUGCUGCUCAACAAGGGAAAGGAUUUGUCAAAGUUUCCAAAGAUGGCGAAUCCAAUGACUAUGCCUGAAAUGAAGACACUGUUGGUGAUCAUGAACAACCGUCGAGGAAUGCCUGGGGUGUGGACCAGGUCGGUGGCAAUCUCAAUGCUUCUGAGAGCGGCAUCGAUGCAGGCCUCGCUGAGGGUCAUGGUCACAUUGCUGCCGGCACCGUCGACCUCUUCGUCGCGAUUUUUGAUUUUGGACGAGACCUUGUAAAUCAAAAAGGGUCUCGUGAGCAGGAUGAUGGACCAGUAGUAGAUGCCCUUGAGAUGAGCAAUGCCGAUGGAUUGUCGCAGGGUGGGUGAGGUAGAACCAGGCUUUUGAUCGAGACUGUCCGCUUGCAAGCCCGUGGGCAACGACAUGGUCCAGUCUCGAUACUGCCUCGAGAUGCUUUCGACCAAUUGUACAGAGACUUCACGGCGACAAUAGACCUCGUUCAGGAUCCUCU